CUGCAGUUCGCAGGGACUCGCUUGUGUAAUAGUUGGGGGCAACCAGUGGCACGGAGCUCAUGCUGCUGCUCCACUGCUGUGCCUCCCCUCAUGUCCCAAUAACAGCAGAAGGCGGGCGGUGCAUGAGCAACGAGAGCGUUUGAUGCUUUCGUACGAUUUACGUACAAUACGUAUAUUUACAACUCUUGAGCUGUGACCAAAGUCAACACUGAGACAUUGUAAUGUCCUAUCAGCCUGUUUAAAAUGGGCUUGUUUUUAUAUAUCGCUGGAUCUGCCAACCCCACCGAGGCCACUGUCUAUGAGCAGGUACUUCACUGUGAGGGUGUGAAUAAUAAAAGCUACGUGUGUGAGACGGGACACUGUUGUGGAGAGUCCCAGUGCUGUAGCUACUACUAUGAACUCUGGUGGUUCUGGCUGGUGUGGGCCAUCAUCUUCAUCCUGAGCUGCUGCUGUGUUUGUCAUCAUCGUCGCACCAAACACAGACUGCAGCAACAACAGCGACAGCAUGAGAUCAACCUCAUUGCCUACAGAGAGGUUCACAACCAAACCUCACUGCCCUUCUACUUCAGAUUCCUACCCAACUAUCUCCUUCCAGAAUAUGAGGAGGCGGUGCAUCGGCCUGCUACGCCCCCUCCUCCAUAUAGUGCCUUAAAUGUCGGCCCUCCAACCUACACGGGCCCUUUAACCACUGACCAACAGGAUGCGCACUGCACACCCAGACAGACCACACCAGUGCCCCCUGCAUCUGACACGCUCUCUUCCAGACCCAACCUAGAGGAGAUCCACACCUCUAACGGGUACCACCAGAAAGAAGACAGCAAAGGCGAAAUCGAGUUAGAGCGGGGCAGAUCCGCACAGAGCGCUCUGCCCAUAGAGCAACCUACCAGCACGGACAAACAGAACGAGUGCAGGAAGGAGCUGCUCAGGAACGUGGCGAUGCCUGACGAGAAAGAGAGGGUUCUGGGCAGGCACCGCAGAUUUACGGGGGACUCUGGGAUUGAGGUGUGUGUUUGUGGACGAGGCUUGGAGAGCCAUGAGCCUAAAGAAUUCGAGGGGCUUUUGAGCGAGGAGGACCAAGAGGACGCAGAGGAUUUCUGUGAGGAAUGUGGUCUUCGUUCUUACGAAGAAGAAAAUCAGGGACUUUUGUCCCCAGAAAACAGGCUGGAGCGUGGUGCAUCACCUUCACCCCAAUCCCAACCUCAACCUGUUUGCCUCUAUGUACAUACUGUUAAUGAACAAGAGGGUCCACAACAUAGUAACACAGAAUCGUAAAGUUAGUGACAUUACUGUGGGGGAAAAAAAAUAAAUAAAAAGAGUGAGAUGGUAAAAAAAUAAAAGGAGGACAUACAUACAGGGAAGCUGCAGUAUGCAGUCUUUUGCCGAGUAAUCGCACAAUAUAUACAUUUGUUUGUAAGUGUGUGAUCGAAACAACAAAUGCUCUCUGCAUUGAUUUAUGUACAGAGUAGCUCUUUACGCCGUUAAAAAAAAAAGCCCAAAAGUGCACAAGAAUGGGCUCUACGUGCUUCUCCAGACAAUACAUGUGGUGCUAAAAUAGACACAGAGUGCAUUUAGGCCAUGCCCACACCCUCUCCAUUGACUUUGUAUUGCAGAAAGCUGCCUCCUUGUCUUUUCUGCCUUGUAACAAAAACAGAACAAUGCUCAAAAGCUGCUGUGUGACAAGGUGUACAGUACACAAGCUAAAAAACCCAGAACUAUGUUUUUAUAUGUUGUUGACCCCCCCAUAAAAAGUGUUUAAGGACACAAAUAAUUGUAGAUGUCAGGGUAUUUCACGUUGGGCCAUUCAGUUGGGUUUCUCCAACAAAAAGGACACUGACAUAGAUCAAUAAAAUAUAGUUUCUCAAUAUAUCUCCUCCUCUCAGUUUCACAUAGGGUGGUGAAAUAAUCCUUUGACAUGGUUAAAAAUAAUGAAUGUUUCCUGUCGCCAAUUAUGUUUCCCUCCACUGGGCGUCGUUCUCAGACUAAUAUGACACGUUGCGCUCUAUUUUGGUGUCCUUAAACACAUGUUUUUGUUUUGUUUUUUUUUAGCUUGUUUAUUGUACACCUUGUCACAUAGCAGCUUUUAGAGAUUGUUCUGUUUUUUGUUAUAAAUCAGAAAUGACAAAGAGGCAACUUCCCAAAAUACAGAGUCAAUGGAGAGAGUUAGAUUGUCGCGUGACAAUUUUGACAAUUAUGACGCGCCGCUCUGUCUCUAUGGUGCGUUCAGGUACACCUGGGAGAUUCAUAUUUAUGAGUUGAGUCACCGUAGUUAUGACAUUAGAUGCGUCAACGAAAGAUGCGUCAUACCUUUUCUACCAACAACAACAACAAAAAAAAAAAAACCACAAAA